GCGUAAACUACUGCGUCAGAUCAGCUGGGACAACAUUUAUAACAAUGUGAAAAUUGAGUAGCAAAUUCAAGAGAAUUCUUGAAGUUACUGGAGGAAGGCUAAUUAUUGUGUUUGCUGGAUGCACUCUGGGAAGCUGCACACGGGUAGAGCAACUUUCGUGUUGAAAAUUGGCAUUUUCCUGCUUUGUUGUUGUAGUGCUGUGUAUCAAUAUUCCGCGAGUGUGUCACAGUUGCCUGAACCUUUAGCAUGUCAUAUUAGUCUCUAGUGUGCGGAAUUUAGAUUUAGAUAGAUGGAGUUCAGUUAAACUGACGUCUGUCCACUGGCUAGUUCAGUGGUUACCAUUGUAACUGUCAACUAAUUUUAGUGAAAUGGUGGCUUCAUCAGAUGCAUGACUAUCCUAUAUAUCUACUCGGUCAAAAUAUGUUCAAUGCUGUACUGCUGGAAAACUAUUGAUAGUUACCCUCUCAAUCUAGUAGUUAGAAUCGAUUGGAAUAUUUGAAGUUACUUUUGUUGCAGAGUAAAAUUGUGCUGGGGAACAUUAUUAAACCACAAUACAACGCACGUAAUGAUGCUAAAUCAUGAUUUCAAAUCUAUAAAAGAUCAGGGUGUUCUUUAAAUCACAGGGUUAUUGUCCCUUAUCCUGCCUUGUCGAAUCGCAACUGGAGUCAGAUGUAGGCUAAGUAACGUGACACAUGCUUAGUCCACGGAUGUAAGAAAUGAUUGUGAGGUGUGUCAUUGUAAAAAGAUCUUAUAGGCUAGUGUUUUGCCUUGCCUUGCCUUGCCUUGCCUUGACAAAAUACGGCUCAAGCCAUGUCUGACCAGCUUAUAUCGAGUAAGAACUCUGAAGAUUUGCUGGUAGAUUUCGAGUCACUGAUAAACUCUGGAGCGUUUGACUUGAGCAACCACCAAGUUGUGAUCAUUUCGACCCCAAGUAACGUCGCUGUUCCCACAGUCGCGCCACUCGUCACAGGAGACAUAUUCUUUGUUGCCACGCCUCAAUCCUCGACGACAGAUCAAGACCGUCUCAGAACAUAUCUGGGUCGACCACCGGUGAAGAGAAAGUUAGAUCUGGACAGUGCCCAUCUGUAUGAGAGCAGUCCAAAACCUAAGCUCUUAAGUCAGGCUCCUUCAAGCAUCACAGCACCACCAAAAGUUUAUAAGAAAACCACAGAGAAGUCACGCUACGACACUUCCCUGAGUCUAACCACAAAACGCUUCCUAGACCUGCUGUCCCAAUCACCUGAUGGAGUUGUGGACCUCAGCUGGGCCUCACAGGUUCUGGAUGUACAGAAACGCCGCAUCUAUGACAUCACCAAUGUUCUAGAGGGGAUACAGCUCGUCUCCAAGAAGUCAAAGAAUCACAUCCAGUGGCUAGGAAGCUGCGUUGAUGGGCAGUCCGUGGUGCGGCAUCAGCACUUGCAGAAAGAGUUGUUAGAGCUGACAGAGGCGGAAGGCAAAUUGGAUGAGCUCAUUCGCAAAUGUGACCUGCAGCUUCAGCUGCUUACUGAAGACCCACAGAACAAGAAGCUUAGCUACGUCAUGUGCCAAGAUGUACGCAUGGUGGUGAAUCCUGCAGACCAGCUGGUCAUGGUUAUCAAAGCACCUCCUGAAACCCAGCUGCAAGUUUCUGAACCUAGUGUGGGUUACCAGAUCGCCUUGAAAAGUUCCAGAGGCCCUGUAGAUGUGUUCUUAGUUCCCGAGGAUAGUUCCAAAGUAUACAACCCUGUGACUGACGGCAAAGCACUAGUGGCCUCCAGACAGACCUGCCCUCCUCAGACCACUUCACUGGAGCCAGCCUCAUGUACAUCAUCCAUCUCAGAUCCAUCCUCUACUCAAUUAGAACCACCUCUUCUGAAUCAAGACCCUAUGCCCAGUCCAGAAUAUAUGCCUGACUUGGACUUGACACACCUUGAGUACUCCAACGCCCUGCUAGACCGGGGCAUGGAUUGCGUUCCUACACCCACAGAUGGCCUCAUCAAUCUGUCACCUCUGAGUCAAGACUACCACUUUGGGAUGGAGGAGCAUGAAGGCAUCAGUGAACUAUUUGAUUGUGACUUUGGUGAAUUGGGUGAACAUUUGAAUUUUGAGAAUGUGCUUUAAGAAAGUGAAUGAGUGGGCAAUGUGUACAUAACAUUUAUGGAUCAAGCAUGUUGAUAUGAUAUGGGCCAAACAGACUUAUUCUGUUGACUGAGGGCCAAUGCAUUACCAGAUGGUGCCACACAGUUUGCACUCAAAAUUGGGGCAAAUUUCCGGGAUUUUUAAUUUGUCAAAAGCUCUAUUUUGUGAACGCAUCAACUAAAUCUAUAUUUCCUAUUUCAUCACAUCUAUUUAAUCACCAGUCUAAAUGACCUCAGCUACAUCAAAGAAUAUUUGAGCUAGCACUUUAAUAAUAUAUGCUCAUUUCAAUUUUAAACAGCAGCAGAUUUCUGAAUCUUUCUUAAUAGCUUAAAAGGCAAUUGCAAAUACGGUUAUGGUUGAAAACAAAUGAGCACAGGACUGUCUGUAAUUAGUCUGUUUUUUGCUUAGCGCCUCCAGAGCAGGUUUAUGUGGAUAUAUAGUGUCAUUUUUAGGGUCAAAUGUAUCAAUGUUUGCAUACAACUUGUCACUUGUACCCACAUUUUGUGUAUAGAGAUUUUUUGUCAGUUAUCAAACUCAACGUGCCUAACGCCCACUCCCACAAUUAUCCUUAUAAGUCGAGACACCGUACAUUGGUCGGAUUAGCAUGUAAAUCUUCCAGGUAAACCUCUCAACGGAAGGCACAUCCUGCGGGUUUAUGAAGGGAGUCAUCUGCCAAUGUGGGUCACAUCUGUGUUCAAAGCUUAAUUGGGAUUAAUAUGCUAAAUAAAGCAAAGGAUAAAUGAA